AUGGCAUCUGAGUUGGAUCAACUACGGACGCCCUCGCCCCUUCCUGCUGAUGUACUUGUGCGCCUCCACCCUCAAGACCCUUCGGAUAUGCGGGACUGGCUGGUCAAAAUCAGCGUUAUCGUCAACUCGACCGUACCCGUCAACCAGUUGCCGCCUGAAUUGCUCACGGAGAUCCUGCAAAUCUUACGAACCGACUGUCCUCGCGACUGGUCGUUCGUCGCCGUACUGCUGGUCUGCCGACAUUGGUAUCAUGCCGCAGUCUCCUCGUCACGUUUGUGGACGAAGAGUGCGCGCGGCAUGCCACUUCCACUCGUGGAGACGUACUUGCGCCGAUCACGCAGGGCUGGUCUUUCACUUCAAGUUGACACGCAGGCGAAAUGCCCCGAGGAUUCUCAGGACGCCCUCCUGAACAUGCUCUUCCCCCAUUUCGAUCGAGUCACCCAUUUGGAGACAUACAGCUCCCAGCCAUACAUCAAGCAUCACAUGAGGCGACUGUCAUUUCUCUCCCUUCAUCACGACUUUUCCGUGCACCAAUCCUCCUCUACUAUCAUCGUACAUGGGGCACCAGAUGCCGGCAUGCUCAUGUAUGAAUCCCUGUGGUUAGCACAAAUGGAUCAUACAUAA